CCUGCAGCGCUUGCUCAGAGGAACCCAGAUCCAACAUGGCGGAGGGAACUGGGUGUAAAUAAACACUCGUUAGACGUUUUAAAAGCUAUAGCUAACAACACUCGCAUUUUUGUGUAUAUGACAUAUUGUACCGGGGAAGUAAAAUGUCAACUGACGGAAACAAGAAACAAUUCUGGAAAAGAAACACAGCUAAGGUCCCUGGCAGCAUACAACAUGUGUAUGGGGCUCAACAUCCUCCUUUUGACCCUCUUCUGCAUGCUAAUCUAAUUAAAGCGGGCAACAAGCCCCAGACAACACCGGGAGGGAAGCCAAAGAAAGCCACCACCUUCCAGGAGUUUGAGAGCAUCACCAGCGAUGCCUGGGACGUGGGGGACGACGAUGACGAGCUACUCGCCAUGGCUGCACAGAACCUCAACAUCGAGGUCGUCAUGGAAACCGCCAACAAGGUUAUCGAGAACCACAGCAAGCAGCAGGAGAAGCAGAGACAGGACGAUGCCGGCGCGUCAGAGCUGGAGGAGAGAGAGGAAGAGGACGCAAAUGAAGAAGAGGUGGAAGAAGAGGAAGAGCAGGGGGAGGAAGGGGAGGAAUCAACCCCUGAGGUGUCGUUUGCCUCUGAGUCCAGCCCGCUUGGCGAUGGCAGACUUGUGAAGUCACUGAGUGAGGCCCCCAUCGGAUCACCUAAGGAUGUGUCGCUCCACAGACAGCAGUCCCUGCCCCACCGGCCCACCAUCCCCAUGGUGGCUCGUAUAGCUGACCAGAACACCUCCGGGACCCCAGCCAUGACAGAGAGAGAGGCCUCUCGCCUGGACAAGUUCAGACAGGUCCUGGCUGGACCCAACACUGACCUUGAGGAAUUACGAAAGUUGAGCUGGUCUGGAAUUCCUCGUCAGGUUCGUCCAAUCACGUGGAAGCUCCUAUCGGGUUACCUUCCUGCCAACACAGAGAGGAGAGAGAGCACACUACAGAGGAAGAGACAGGAAUACUUUGGUUUCAUAGAACAGUACUACGACUCGCGCAAUGACGAGCACCACCAAGACACAUACAGACAGAUUCACAUUGACAUCCCGAGAACCAAUCCCCUUAUUCCUCUCUUUCAACAAGCUUCUGUCCAAGAGAUCUUUGAGCGUAUCCUGUUCAUCUGGGCGAUCCGCCACCCGGCCAGCGGCUACGUGCAGGGCAUCAACGACCUCGUCACGCCUUUCUUCGUCGUCUAUGUCUUUGAGUACAUCAAGGAGGAGGUGGAGAACUUUGAUGUGUCCAGCUUGCAGGAGGAGACUUUGCGGAACAUCGAGGCUGACAGUUUCUGGUGCAUGAGCAAGCUGUUGGACGGCAUUCAGGACAACUACACAUUUGCCCAGCCUGGGAUCCAAAGAAAAGUCAAGGCUCUGGAGGAGUUGGUCAGCAGGAUCGAUGAAACGGUGCACGUCCACAUGCAGCAGUAUGAAGUGGAGUAUCUCCAGUUUGCCUUCCGUUGGAUGAACAACCUGCUGAUGAGAGAGCUGCCGUUACGCUGCACCAUACGCCUCUGGGACACCUACCAGGCUGAACCAGAGGGAUUCUCUCACUUCCAUCUCUAUGUGUGUGCUGCUUUCCUGGUGCGAUGGAGGAAAGAGAUUCUGGAUGAGAGAGAUUUCCAGGGUCUGAUGAUCCUGCUGCAGAACCUACCCACCAUGCACUGGGGCAACGAGGAGGUCAGCGUGCUCCUGGCCGAGGCCUACAGGCUGAAGUUUGCCUUCGCUGACGCCCCCAACCACUACAAGAGAUGAGUCUGGCCCAUGUGGCCCCUGACAGUUAGCUACUGAACCCCUGACAGAGGCCCCCUGGAGGAUGGAUGGACCCCCUCCUCGACUUUCUUGUCCCUCGGCAGUCCACGACCAUUGCUAAUAGUAGAUUAAAACAAAAACCACAUUUAGGUCCCAAAUGGCACCCUAUUCUCUACAAAGUGCAUUACUUUUGACCAGAGCCCCAAGUAGUGCAUUAUGUAGGGAAUAGGGUGCCAUUUGGGAAGCAUCCAACCAGUGCUUCUUGGUAUGUGUGUACCUUUCCAACCGACUGUUCUUCUUAACUCCUCUUUGUUCUUAACAAUGAAAUUACAUUUGUGCAACACUGCAACAACAUCAAUGCCUGUCCCAUCGAAGUAGACCCCAACCAAAAAAGAAAGACCUCCAGUCAGUAUGAUAAUGGAGAUCUUGCUGCAGACCCAUGGAUGACUGUUCUAGACUGUCCUGUACUGUACUGUUUGUCCCUGACUGGCCACAGCAGCCUCAACAUGUCCCGAGACCUAGUGAAUUAAUUGUAGUCCUGAACUAACCCAGUGUGUGGGGGGGGAUAGAGAGCGAGACCUUCUGUACUAGGCUGAUAUCUGUCAUGUUUAAUUCCUAAGGGAACUGAGGACACACACGUCAUCAUUCUAGUCAUCUCUAGCUGGCAUCGAGCUCUUCUCUCAUCUCCACGCUCCAUGCUUUCAGUUUAAGACAAGCGGUCAAUCCCCCAGAGACAAGUGUUUUUUUUUUAGUUAAAAACAGAAACACAUUCACAUAAAAGGCAAUAAUUAGCUAAUAGGGAGAUCAGAAAGUAUGUAUUAUUAUGGAUGGUUUCAUUCUGACUCUGACAUGGUCCGCAGGGCUGGUCUAAUAAUAUAAGGUCUAACAACACUCUCUGAACUCUAUUGUAUUAUGUCAGAUAUUUGUCGGUUGGCUGAGGGAGUGACGAGUGUCGCGUGACUCUGCCUGACUUACGAUCGUCUCUGAACCUAGGACUCACUACCUAACUCGAUCAGUCUAUCAGUUAGACACGUUGGCACAGCACCAUGCAGUGGGGAGCAGUCACCUUUUAGGCCAGGAGAUUUCCCAGUUAGGUCACAUGGUCUGAAAAAAAAAACAACUCCAGGACGUAGCCCUUUACACUCGUAACCAUAUACGGGUUGAUAAUGGCAGAUUUGGGCACUAGUAAACAACUAAAUUGGAACGCAGUGGCUGUACAGUAACGUGCUAUACAUGUCAGAGCUCUUGCUCUGCGCUUCACAUCGCUGUAUGGGUUUUUGACUGACAGCCGUUCUGAACUUGAGCACCUCGCGUGACCUUGUUGUGAAUGAGAAUGUGUUUUCAGUCAAUUUACCGGGUAAAACUGAAAAUUGCUGUACAUUUUUUUGAAAGGUGAGGCAUAGAGGAUUAUAAUAAAUACCGUUUUGUCAUGCAAGCAAGACAAACACCCAUAAAACUCAUAAAACUCAUGUCAUAUAUAGUGUCAACGUUUAUGAUCACUAUGUUUGAUAUACAGUUACAAGAUGGCAUGGUGUCAUACACUGCGUUGUUCUGAACAGAAUGAGAAUUUGCCACGGCAGACGCACUUGAAUGCACUCAAGACUCCUUUCUUUGCGCACCAAGAUUAUCAUCUGUUUCCCUGAAUUGCAUUGUGAAAGCAAGUAAUAUCACAUUUUAUAACUUAGCUAGUCAUUUUGGCAGUAGAACCAGCUUUCAAAUGAGGCCCACCUGACCCAGAUUGCGAUUUAUAAUGGACCAUUUUUGGACUGCGUAAACAACAACAGUAAUUGUGUGAUGAUGCGAAUGCAGGGUUGUGUUCAAAACAACUACAAGUGUAUUUGCGCUAGUUCCUCAACGGCACAGCUAGGAGAGCUCAUAAAGGCACCUUAUAGUUGAAGACAUAGUGCUUUGAAAUGACCUAGGAGCUGUGGACACUGGAGAGGUAUGUGGCCACAAGGAGACACCAGUUAGUCCUCGCUCUCAAACCCUUGUAAUCGUUUUGUCUUAUGUUGCACCUACCCCACAUUUUCCAGGAAUGUUCUUAUCAUGUUACUGAAUAUAUUUUGUUACCAACAAAUGCAGUGAAAGUACAGUAAAUGUAGAACGCACAUAAAAUCAAGUGUAAUCAUUUUCCCAUAAACUCCUAACUGUUCCCUUUCAAUUGCUACCAUGGUCAUGCAUAUGCUUUUCAUAUUUCUUCUGUAAGAAACAUUUCAAUUUAGCCCUAUCCAUAUAGUCCGAUUUCAACGAGUGUAAGGGGUUAAAAAUGACUCCCCAAAACACAGAAAUAGGACCACAAGUUUUUUUUUUUUCUGGUCAGGCUACGUGGUCAGGCAAAACUCCUAGACUACGACAAUUUGUAAUUGCUCAUAGCCCAGAACUAGGGCCUAUAGUUAGAUUUUUGGAAAAGGUCAACUAAAUUGCUGACAUGGGUCAUUGUACCCAGUCCAGUAGCUUUGUUGGUUAUUCAGUCUAUUCAUAAACACUUACUGACUGAGGGCGUUAGGGUGUAAUACAUUAACUCUCUCCGUUUGCCUUCAUUUGACUGCUCAAGCUCAACUCAGUUCCACUCCUGUUUUUCAUUGUUUCCCUCUAAUCAGGGACUGAUUUAGACUUGGGACAACAGGUGGGUGCAAUAAAUGAUCAGGUAGAACAGAAAGCCAGCAGGCUCUGCACCACGUGGGGUAAGAGUUGUAUACCCCUUGUGUAGAGGAUUGAUAUAUGAUGUAAAUUAGAUGUUGAAAUAAUAUGUACAACUUGUAUCAUCAAAAAACAUCCUGUCAGGUAACACUGAAUAUCAAUAAUUGUUGCAUGAGCCCCUCGAUGAUGUGUGUUGUUGAUAUGUGGGGUUGGGAGUGUAUGUAUAGAUGGGGCAGCUUAAUACUCUCAGUAUUUGAACUUCCUCAGCUUCUUUUGAUCAUGUCGGUAACGUUUUUGCGCUCCAUGUCAGUUCCAGGCCCAAUUUCCUAUCUCACAUUGAUUAGAAAUUUAAAAAACUGCACUUGAUAAAAGUACAUUUUCUUCUUUUUUUUGUACGAAAUAUAUUAUUUGCAAUCCGCUUUAAAAAUCAGUCUCUCUCCUCCCUUUUUUACAUAAUGUUUACAUGAGCCUGUUAAGUUGUGCCUAAUGUAGAGAGAGCAGAUCAUCAUAGAUAUUUAUUUUACCUUAAUUUAAGCUCUGCAAAUGAAACGAGGACGUUUAUUCAGUUGAUGCAUUCACUCUAUGUGUUUGCUAAGCCAUGACAGUGACUGCAUCCAAAAUGGCCCCCUAUUUCCUAUAUAGUGCACUACUUUAUGGGCUCUGGUCGAAAGUAGUGCACUAUAUAGGGAAUAGGGUGCCAUUUGGGACGCACCCAGUGAGUACACAGAAUCACAUCGGUAAGUCUAGCAGCUGCCUUCUCUGGUAUCCUUAUGUGUUUCAACUUGGUUUGAUGCUCCCAACAAACCUUAGACAGACACACCUUCUGUAAAAGUCACAAGCCCUUGGUUACCAUGGUUACUGUGGUAACCAGGUGUCCGUCUGCUGGCUGGAGCCCUCGGGCACACAUACUGGACAUUGCGGUCAGCAUCUCAUGGGGCAUGACCUAACAUGUUUGGUCUCCCUACUAAAGCUUUUUUUUAAGGGUUGAAUUUCACUCUUUCUUUUGUUCUGUUUCUUUUCAGAGAUGUUAAAAUGUUUCUGACCAAACUAAGUCUGAUCCUCUUUCCCUUCUGACUAAGACAUCUGAAAGUGUGAAUCUCAUACAGUGGAGAGGGAUUGUGAUUAUUAUUUUUUUAAAUGUAUGUGUACAGAGCAAAUGAAUUUUGAAACAAAGAUCUGUAAAUAGAAAAGUGUAAAUAAAUGCUAUAUAUGACCAAA